AUGGUGGACGAUGUACUGUGUACAAGUUCAUAUCAGUUUGGACAAGCACCUACGACAACACAAGUCACAACAGCAGAUCACCAGAUCAGAUCUAAGGUAGAGAUAGAUAAUAUCACAUUGGACCAUCUCGGAGAAUGGAUUUGCACCAUCAGUAACAAAAACUUUGCUGACAGUGUCAAUAAGACAUACGUCCUACAGUACACCAACCCAGUAACUCUCCUCGACUCACCAAAUCUAGAAUACUACAAAGACAAUGGAAACGACACAGACAAUUCCAACGCAGACUGGGAGAAUCACUCUAGCAUAGCAGACACCUAUUUCAUUGUUGAAGGGAUUGCAUCAGGCAGUGUAACAGGAAUCAUCACGGCCCGCUUCGAAACCUUUACUCCUGAUUACGGCAAAACAUUUGAUUUCCUGAGGUUUCACAAUGACAAUACUGAAAAAGAAGACAACCAAUCACUUUUUUUCAAGAUUAUUCCCGGAAAAAAUGGUGUUGUCAGCGGAAAGAAAGGCAGUCCUAUCGGGACGAAGUCGCUUAGUUUCGAGAUCGUGAAGAGUAUUCAAAUAUCAGAUUUAGAUGCAAAUGUCUACAAAAUAUUCAUGGGUCAUCCUGGUAACGCUGAGAGCUUGGAAUACAAUUACGGAACUGAUACAAAUUGGAAAACGUUAAAAGAUGUGCGUCUCAAGGAUACUGUGAAGAUAAGGUGUGGGGGACGAUGUACUGUAUACAAGUACAUAUCAGUCUGCUCUGAUUCCACACCAAGACUUUGUGGUGAACAACUUGUAACAGAAAAUGUUACCCUCGGCUCUCCCCACACUCUCACCUGCACCGGCUCCGGAGCUCCUUAUCUUGAUGUGAUGUGGACCAGAGAUAAGGCAACGGUUCCAGUUUGGACAAGCACCUACGACAACACAACAGCAGAUCACCAGAUCAGCUCUAAGGUAGAGAUAGAUAAUAUCACCUUGGACCAUCUCGGAGAAUGGAUUUGCACCAUCCGUAACAAAAACUUCGGUGACAGUGUCAAUAAGACAUACGUCCUACAGUACACCAACCCAGUAACUCUCCUCGACUCACCAAAUCUAGAAUACUACAAAAACAAUGGUACAGUCACAGAGUUUGAGUGGACGGUUAAAGGGUGGCCACUAAAACAGGUGACUCUGGAUUGUGGAAAUGAGAACAUUUCUGUGACAAGAAACGAGACUGGUUAUACCACCUCCAUACCACCCCGGAUCGGAUUCAACAUUACUCUGAGCAACGAAAAUGUGGUAAACUGUGUCCUAAAAGAUGGAAAUAAAGUCCUAAAUACUCGUAACAUCACCAGAGUUGGAUACAACUGCACAGAAGGAGAAGGUGGUGUUGGUAAAGAUUGUGAGGUGUGUGAACCAGGAGAAACUAGUGCGACUGGAGUGGGAGAGUGUUUCUCUGGUAAAAGCUGCUGUACAGAAGGAAACUGGGGAAUUGAAGGAACCUGCUACCCAUGUCCUGACAACCAGACUAGUUCCUAUCAUGCGGUUAAACCGCAAGAAUGCUUCACACCUGCACCUGAACCAACUGUGCCAGACUCAGGUUACAAAACAACUAUGUUGGUUGGAUGGGGUCUAGCGGCUGUGUUCUUCAUCACUACGGUACUACUCUCAAUAGCUUCUACACGGAAAUUCGUACUCAGAAAAUGCUUUAAUGUUUACUCUGAAAAUGAAUAUAUUGAAAACGUCAUCACACAACCACCCUCACUGUCUUCUACUGGAGUGCCUAACGAAACUAUCUACAACAACCAUGAACUUUACGAGAUGAAACCUAAUUAAACUCUCCUAAGUCACUUUAUUCUUAUCAGCCGUA